AUGCAGUACGCAACGAGCUCGGAAAAUUUUUCAUCAACAGUAAGGAGUGAUUCUCCUUCAAAGUGGGGUAAUAAGGACGAAAAAGGAUAUGCGUAUAAGAAGUCAUCCUAUCAAUAUUCCAGUUCGGGUAAUAAUAAUAUAUCAAGCAUGAAUAAGUCACUAGAUACGAAUAUUGAUCAAUUGGACGCUUUGUUGGAGGACUUGAAACAUGAACGCCAAAUUACAAAAGAUAAAGAUAUAUUAUCAACUUCUGCCAAUUAUAGGACAAUAGAACGGGAACGUUCCGCAGAGCCUAGUGGUAGUGUUACGAAAACCACUCGCGUCAUAAAAACAUCACAACGAUCACAGCCCCAUCCAGUGCGUGAUGAAAUUGAUAGCUUCUCCACAUCUGAGUACAGCACUCUAAAGUCAAAUGGUUAUCCCAGCAUCCAACGGGACUAUCAAUCCAACGAGAAGCUAUAUGGAUCUACGAACCAUUAUGAAAGCAGAAACAAGCUAUAUGAAAGCAAUCGCAUUAUUGAUAGUACGGAUUUGAUUCCUUCGACCACUAUAACAACAACAAGCCAGUUGGAGAAAGACCUUCAGAAUCUGCCGUUGAGUGAAGAUAUAUUACCGGUGCCUGGUACUAAAGUUACCACCACAGUUCGCACCUAUACUUAUGAAGUACCAGCAACUGGAACGCUGAGCCGAAGCACACCAUUAACUUCAAGUACGCGCUACAAUACAAUUCAGCGUAAUGAAAUUAAUAGCUCCACGCUCCACUCUAGUCCUAAUGCAAUCCCAAUAGCACCACAAACUGUUGUUUAUAAUACCGAAAGCUAUUCUACAACUAACAGGGGUAGUGAGGUUCCUGUCACUACAAAUCACUUAUAUGAGAUCCGUGAACAUCGCGAAAGUAACACUUUGCAAAACAACUUACCACUACAGCAACCACGUAGCCCUCAGCCUGGUGGCAGCAACAAAACUGUUAUUUAUAAGGUCAACAAAACGGAAAAUAUUCAUACCGGACCAGAUAGCUAUCCUCAACGCUCUCCAGAGUAUCCUUUGCACCAAGAUUCUCCACAAAGUGGACCUUAUGGCCCUCCGGGUCCAACAACUACAAAAUAUAUAUACAAGGAAUCAUCGAAUGUUGUAAACACUACACAUGGAUCACCGGUUGGUCCAUCGGAAACCCAACCAAGAUAUUUACCACCCGCACAUCCUCAACACAAGACAACUCCAAUAGGCUAUUCACCGAAUGGUAAUGGUUAUCCGCCCCAUGGGCCAACCAAUUCUCAAGUUACAUACAAAUAUUCGUCAACAUCUACAACAAAUACUCAACGUGGUCCCACCAAUCCAUAUGGCUCACCAACAACAGCUACACAGCCAGCACCAUUCCCUGUAGACGGUGUUGAUUAUCCAAUAGAUUCUAACCCCCCACAAAAAGUGGAUGAACUAAUGCAGUCAUUUGGUCAAGUCGACUCUGCGGAUAGAUCCGAUCUUUCGACUCCACGAAAACGAGAAAUUGAAACUGCUGUGGCAACGCCAAGCCAGCACGUCCCAACAAUUAAUAAGGCGGGAAAGGAGGUAUAUUACCCACCCGGGCAUGAGAUGAUGUUAACGAAACGGGAAGAAAUGGCCGCAGGAUCGGCAGCAGGGGGUCGUUGGGCAAAAGGUUCUGGAAUGUACGAGUACGAGUCUGGUUACAAGUCUAAAUCCAAGACUAAACAAGGCGGAGCAGUGGUUCCUAUUUGUCUACCACUUUGUUGCGCAAUGCCAUGCUCCAUAAUGUAAAUCGAAAUCAAACUAAUUUAUUGAAAAUAAUUCUCGAAUAUAUGUAUGUAUGUAAAUAUAGGUUUACUAAUAAUUAUAAUACUCCAUAAUGUAACGCUACAAAAGUAACGAAGGUUUGCCACAUGAUCUAAUCACUAUUCCUCUAAUGUUUUUAUGUUCAUGUUUUAAUAGUUUCGUGACCGCUGGCACUAAGUUAAACAUAAUUUAAAAUAGAGGACUGCAAUAAUUAUCAUAAUUAUGUAUUAUGUUGACCAUUAUGGCUUAAAAAAUUCAAAUAAGUUUUCACGCUUUUCCUCCUCAAAUUUGGGGUGUUCCCUUCGCGAUCAUAAAAGGUAAAAUUUAACUGAAAUAUUAUAUGUGUAUAUUUUUUAAUUAAAUAAUGGUCUAAAAAAUCAAAAACCCG